AUGGACCCGUGCAGGACUCGGUGCUUGGAAACCCCAACACCAGGUUUGACCCUCGGAGCUGCUCCCACCACAUCCCUCCAUAAUGUGACACCAGCACAGACGACACAAAGGACACAAGAAGCAUCUGAAGUGACGAGCUCACAGCAACCUCAGGAGGAGCACAACUCAUCCACACUGUCUGAUCCCAGCUCAGAUCAGACCUGGUCCUGUGGAAAACUGUACUUCUUUUUCUUCCUCCCACCAGAAAACCACACAGACGGUCUACAUCUUGGCCUCCAGUGCACAAGAACGGUGGAAACCCCAACACCAGGUUUGACCCUCGGAGCUGCUCCCACCACAUCCCUCCAUAAUGUGACACCAGCACAGACGACACAAAGGACACAAGAAGCAUCUGAAGUGACGAGCUCACAGCAACCUCAGGAGGAGCACAACUCAUCCACACUGUCUGUUGUGCUGCAGUAUGUUGCUGUGAGUGUAACCACCAUUCUGAUUAUUGUAUCAGGGAGUAUUUUGAUUUGGUGCUGGAAAAAGAAAACCAAUAGACCAACAGAAGAUCCAACUGCUGCUGAUGACUGUGAAAUUCCAGAGAUGAGCAGACUGUAUGAGGAGAUCCCAGCUCAGAUCACACCAGGUCCUGUGGAAAACUGUACUUCUUUUUCUUCCUCCCACCAGAAAACCACACAGACGGUCUAUAUCUUGGCCUCCAGUGCACAAGAACGGAUAAACCAAUUGUAUGAAGAGAUCCCUGGUUCUGUGGAAAUCACUCCUGCUCCUUCCAAGGAAAACAAUAUCUACAGCCUGGCCUCAUUGCCCAUUCAACAGCCACAGGCAAAGUAACAUUGAAGAAAUUACAAAAAAACAAAACAAAAAAAACCCCACAACGUUAUGGGACAAACAUGUUGCCUUUAUAAAUGAUUUUGCCAAGCCACUCUAUGGAAUGUAGAAUAUUUAGGUCUAUUACUCUACUCAAAACUUAACUUUAAACUUUAAAAGUCACAUUAAUAAACUUGGAAAUGCA